AUGACGCAGCGUAAUCUCCGGAUUGGUAUCGAUGUUGGCGGAACAAACACAGAUGGAGUCAUUCUUGACCCAACCCGCUCUUCGGAGCCAGAUCGAGGAAUCAUCGCCUGGCACAAAGCAUCUACAACAGCGAACCCCUCUUUAGGAAUCAACAAUGCGCUCACAGCGAUGUUCAAUUCAUCCCAAAUCGACCCGAAAGAAGUAGCGAGUGUUACAAUUGGAACUACGCACUUCAUCAAUGCUGUUGUUGAACAAGACGAAGCGAGACUUGCCAAGGUCGCCGUCGUGAGGUUAUGUGGACCGUUCUCUCGUGGUGUACCACCUUGUGUGGACUGGCCUAAGAAGCUCAGAGAGUUGCUAUGUGCAUACUUCUGUUUCGUUGAUGGAGGACUGGAAGUUGAUGGCAGUCUGAUUUCUGAGAUAAAUGAGGAGCAGAUCAGAAAAGAAGCUGAGGUCAUUAAGGAAAAGGGGAUUAGAAGUGUGGUGGUGAAUGGGGUUUUCAGUCCCGUUGAUGUGCUUUAUCAACAAGAAGAGAAGGCUGCUGCUAUCAUCAAGCAAGUGAUACCAGAGGCGGAUGUUGUCGUCUCGAAAGAUGUGGCAAACCUUGGGUUCUUGGAAAGAGAAAACGCUGCAAUCUUGAAUGCUUCAAUCCUUCCUUUUGCAAGGAAGACAAUUGAUUCAUUUCAGAGUGCAAUAUCUCGCCUCAGUCUUCAAUGUCCAGUGUUCAUCACCCAGAAUGAUGGCACUAUCCUACUUGCUUCGGCGGCAUCCAAACUUCCCAUUCGGACUUUCUCGAGUGGACCGACCAACAGUAUGAGAGGAGCUGCUUUUCUAACACAGAAUGAAAUCAAAGAAGCUAUGAUGGUUGUGGAUAUUGGCGGUACAACCACAGACGUUGGGCUUCUUCUGGCAAACGGUUUCCCACGCCAGGCUGCAGCUUUUAGUGAGGUUUCUGGUGUGAGAACGAACUUCUCCUACCCUGAUGUGAGAAGCAUUGGACUUGGAGGGGGCUCCAUAGUUAGACCUCGAGCUGACGGGUCGUUGACCAUCGGUCCCGAUAGCGUUGGCUAUCAGCUACCUGAGAAAGCAGUUGUUUUUGGGGGUCAAGUGCACACGGCAACCGAUUAUACAGUCUUGGGAAACGAAAAGUUGGAGAUUGGAGACAGAUCACUUGUUGUUAAAGCUGGGCUGGAAAAGAAUUUUUCUGGCUUCCAAGCAGUGGUCAAAAAGAUGCUUGAGCGAGCUAUCGAUACCAUGAAAACUUCGGCAGACGACAUUCCUGUGCUUCUAGUUGGAGGAGGUGCAGUGAUAGCACCGAAUGAACUGACUGGGGCGAGUAAGGUUGUGAAGCCAGAGUUCUCAGGCGUUGCAAAUGCUAUCGGAGCUGCUACAGCUCGAGUAAGUGGUGUUGUCGACACGGUGGAAAGUACAGAGUCAAAGUCCGCAUCCCAUGUGAUGGAAGAGGUUUCUAAGCGAGCUAUAAAGAAAGCUGUGGAUAAUGGAGCAAAAGCAGACACCGUACAGGUUGUGGAGAUGGAUCAUUUGCCAUUACAGUACAUCGCAAACAAGUCAAGAUUUAUCAUCAAAGCCGUUGGAGACUUUGACUUCUCGAGAAAUGUUCGAGAUCAAUCAACAAUUCCACCAUCUUCAGAAGCUGCCAUUGACGAUAUGGAAGAGUAUCAAAAAAAGUCUUCCGAAAGUAAACAGAAUAAUAUUUCCAACGAUGAGUCUAGCAACCUUCCCGAUUUUGACAUUCAGACAUAUAAGCCCAAAUUCGAAGGUCGAGAAUGGAUUAUCUCAGAUACAGAUCUACAGUGGAUAACCAUCGGCUGCUACAUACUUGGUACUGGUGGUGGCGGCUCACCUUAUCAGUACAUGCUUCGAUUACGCGAGCUCAUGAGAAAGGGAAGUGUUGUCCGGGUCAUAUCUCCAGACGAUUUAAAAGAUGAGGACUUGGUAGCCUGUGGCGGUGGCAAAGGAUCACCCACUGUAGGGAGUGAGAAGCUGGCUGGUGAUGAAAUGAUGGAAGCUCAGACUGAGUUAUACAAGUAUAUGGGAGUAAAACCCGACGCCGUAAUUGCACUAGAGAUUGGAGGCGGCAAUGGACUUCAAGGUUUGAUAUUAGGAGGCUCAUCAAACAUGAAUAUUCCAUGUGUUGAUGGAGACUGGAUGGGCAGAGCAUAUCCCGUGGCAUGGCAGACAACACCUGUGGUGUUCGAAACGAAACCAGUGUUCUUGCCUUCAACAAUUUGUGAUGGAAAUGGCAACGUAAUGUUCAUGACAAAAGCACGAUCCGAAUUAAUGGUCGAGCGGGCCUUCCGUGCCGCUCUCAGUCAAAUGGGCUCACAUGUUGGAUGCGCAAAGGGUCCAAUAACUGGAGCUAAUACCAAAUCAUGGGUUGUCGAACAUACGAUAUCGCUCUCCUGGCGCAUAGGUCGUGCCGUAGCGCUCUCUCGAAGUCUGAACAGUAUAGAUACAGUAGCCGAGUCUAUCAUCAAUGAGGUUGGUGGUGAAGAAUCAGCUAAAGUGUUAUGGAAAGGAAAGAUUACUGGUGUUGAAAGGACUCUGAGAAUGGGUCAUGUGUACGGGGAGGUCAUUAUUGAAAACGUGGAUAUGACGGGAACUGGAGAUCCAGGUGAUAUUGCAACGGGUAAGAAACUGAAGAUCCCGUUCAAAAAUGAGAACAUUCUUACCAUCGAGGUAAGCGAGGAUGGACAUGAGGAAAUUAUUGCCUCCGUGCCAGAUCUCAUUUGUGUAAUUGAUGCUCAGAAUGGCGAAGCUAUUGGCACUCCUGAGUAUCGCUACGGGCUUCUUGUAAUCGUACUUGGUAUUACAGCUUCGGAAAAGUGGACAAGCACCGCUCGGGGUUUAGAAAUUGGUGGACCGAAAGGAUUUGGUAUGGAUGAUGUGGUCUAUAAGCCCAUUGGUGUGUUCAAGAAGCCGAUAAGUGUUAUUGACGAGUAUGCGCCGAAAUGA